GAUUAUAUGGGUUUGUUCGAGCCGGAUGUCGUGUUCGAUUGGUGCCAGAGCGCAGCCUUACUGAAAUUCCUUGCCUUUUUGGAUGUAAGCAUUAGAUUGUUCCAGUGUUGCUACUAUUCUUAAGAAUAUGUACUCAUGAAAUGAAAGUUAAAUGAAAUAAUAUUUGAAAUGGCUAAUGUAAUUGGAAGGCUUCAGGAAGAAGCACUCAAACGCAAAAAUCGUUUAAGGGAAUUGCGCUACAAACGAAAUCACGAAGAACUACAGCAGUUAAUGGUCAACGAAGUGAGUGCUAAUAUACCAAAGCCCGUUUUUCGGAAUUAUAAAUAUGUAACUGAAAAUGAAAUCCAGGAAUCCUCAGCAAUCGCAAAUCAAGCUGGAAUUGUUGAAAAACAAAUCGACGUACAGCUUGAGAUGAUGACAACGCCUAUUGUCAUUGAAGAGAUUGACAUUGUUAACCUUGCCCCACGUAAACCCGACUGGGAUUUGAAAAGAGAUGUUUCUAAAAAGUUGGAAAAAUUAGAUCGUAGAACACAAAAAGCCAUUGCAGAAAUUAUACGCGAUCGGCUCAUAGCUGGGCAAGAGCGGGACAUACUAAAAGAGGUAAAUGUGGCCACCUCAGCCCCCUCCGUUGCAUUAAAUGAACAUCAUACUGAUAAUGAAUAAAGGAACGGUUUGAAUUAUUGCCUUGUGAA